AUGGGUCCUCUCUCAAAGAUAUGGCGUUUUGAUAGUAAUGUGGGUCCAGAGAACAUGGAUUAUUCUUCAUUACACGGGGUUGAAUGCAUGGAGUCUCCGAAACAAAAUGGUUUUAAUGUAAGCGAAAGGAGAGAACUGAUCCACGCAUUGUCGAAGCAGCCAGAAGAAGCUUCGGAGCUUUUAAAUUCAUGGAGCCGAAAUGAGAUAAUGAAGAUCAUAUGCGCGGAGAUGGGGAAAGAGAGGAAGUACACCGGUCUAACCAAACCAAAACUCAUAGAAAACCUACUCAACCUCGUGUCUCGUCCUCUUGGAGAGACCUCUUGUUCGGACCGUAGAAACUCGAGGAAGAAACAGAAGACGACCAGCUACAUCGUUUGCUGCGAGAACUUAGCCUGUAGAGCUGCGCUCGGAACCGAGGAUUCCUUUUGCAGAAGAUGUUCUUGCUGCAUUUGUCAGAACUUUGAUGAUAAUAAAGACCCGAGUCUAUGGCUUACUUGUGAGUCUUGUGGAUUGUCUUGUCAUUUGGAAUGUGCGUUGAAGCAAGAGAGGUAUGCGAUUGGUUGUGAGGAUAAUGAAGGAGGGAGAUGUCUUGACGGUAGGUUUUAUUGCGUGUUUUGCGGCAAAGAUAACGACUUGCUCGGAUGCUGGAGGAAACAAGUGAAGGUGGCUAAAGAGACUCGGCGUGUGGACGUACUUUGUUACCGUGUUUCUUUAGGACAGAAGCUGUUGAGAGGUACAAAGAGGUAUCGGGAUCUGUUGGAACUCAUGGAUGAGGCGGUGGAGAAGCUUGAGGGUGAUGUGGGUCCGUUAUCGGGUUGGGCGAUGAAGAUGGCUCGAGGUAUCGUCAAUAGACUUUCUUCGGGAUCACAGGUUCAGAAACUGUGUUCUCUGGCGAUGGAAGCUCUGGACAAAGUGGUCUCUCCUUCAGAAUCUGUUUCAAGACAAGGUGACAAGAUGAGCGUGAGAGUAGAAGAGGUUCAAGCAAGAUCAGUCACUGUGAGAUUAGACUCUGAUGAGCCGUCUUCUUCUUCCUCUUCGCAAAACCGGAUCACGGGUUUCAGGUUGUUUUGUACGAACGAAGGAGAGUGCUCGUCUCAGGUGAAUUGUGUUGUUUAUCUACCUGAGACGAUGUCUACCAUCCAAGGACUUGAACCCGAGACUGAGUUCUGUCUCAGAGUGGUGGCCUUUAACGAGGAAAGUGACUUAGAUGAGUCUGAGCUUCGAUUCUCAACGUCGAAAGAUGAUGGAGAUGAAGCUGGGAACCGGCUAAGCCUUUUGACAAACUCAAACAGUGGUCUUUGUAGUAAUCCAUCUCUGCCCGAAGAUGAAUCUAACAAUGUCCGUAAAAGCAGCUGCUACAAAGCAAAUGGUGACAAGAACAACACUGAACACUGUAGUGCAGGAGAAGUAGAAUCCGAGCUCGAAGACGGGAGGCUCGUAAAAAGGAAAGGUAACAAUACGGAGGGAAGAAGAGACUUGCUUGUAACACCCUGCAAGAGAGAUACUCUUAAGGGCAAGCAAGGAGAGAAUAGAAGAUCCAGGGGAAGAAGAGCAACAACAGUGAACGAGAAACCUGAGAUGAAUGCAGGAAACGGAGUGGGAGGUAAAGACUUGGGUCACAUCGUGAAGACCAUCAGGUGUUUAGAGCAAGAUGGGCAUAUAGACAAGAGUUUUAGGGAAAGGUUCUUGACAUGGUACAGCUUAAGAGCUACUCACCGAGAAGUUAGAGUUGUGAAGGCCUUUGUUGAGACAUUCAUGGAGGAUCUGUCCUCUUUGGGAGAACAGCUUGUGGAUACAUUCUCAGACUGCAUACGCAGUAAGGAAUCAUCAACAGCUGGUGUUGUACCAGCCGGAAUCUGCCUCAACCUCUGGCAUUAG